CUGCAAAUGCAGGUGCCUCCACACUGACUUACUUGCUUUCAACAUGGGAAGCCACCUGCCAUUUUACAUUUGGUUGGCAUUCAUUCCUGCACUUGUAUCUUCAGAUUUUUUAAUAGAACAACUCAGGAAUAUCAAGAAAAGAAAUACAAUUGAUGAGCACCCUAAAGGCAUAGAAAUAUAUUGGGUGAAAAUUGAUUCCAGUGUUACUUCUCGAUUCUCCCGUAAUGUCAUCACUAGCCGUGCUGUCAAUCGGGCGAAUGUGUCCAAGGAAGCCUUCUUCGAUGUGGAGCUUCCUAAAACAGCCUUCAUUACCAAUUUCACCAUGACAAUCGACGGUGUCACCUAUCCUGGAACCAUAAAAGAAAAAGAAGUUGCCCAAAAACAGUACCAAAAGGCAGUUUCAAGUGGACGGACUGCUGGUCUGGUGAAGGCUUCUGGAAGGAAAACUGAGAAGUUCAGUGUUUCAGUAAACGUUGCAGCUGCCAGCAAAAUAACUUUUGAAUUGACCUAUGAGGAACUUCUGAAACGAAACUUUGGAAAGUAUGAAUUGUUCAUAAAAGUGAAUCCAAAGCAGCUUGUCAAUAAGUUUGAAAUUGAGGCAAACAUUUUUGAGCCUCAAGGCAUCAGUGAUCUUGAAGUGGAAGGAACAUUCCUCAACAAUGAGUUGUUGCCACUUGUGCAAAAGUCCUACUCAGGGAAAAAGGCCCAUGUGUUUUUCAGUCCCACUAUUGAUCAACAGCGAACCUGCGACAACUGUACAACCUCUCUGCUGCAAGGAGAUUUUCUCAUAAAAUAUGAUGUGAACAGAGAUUUACCUAGUAAUCUACAGAUUGUCAAUGGAUAUUUUGUACAUUUUUUUGCACCAAAAAAUCUUCCCCGUUUACCUAAGAAUAUUGCCUUCAUAAUAGAUAUCAGCGGCUCCAUGUAUGGAAUCAGAAUUCAGCAGGCAAAGGAAGCAUUCAUAAAAAUAGUUGAAGAUUUAAAAGAAGACGAUCAUUUUAAUAUCAUACUGUUUGAAUCUAAAGUCCAUAAAUGGAAAGACGGCAUAAUUAAAGCUACUCCUGAGAAUGUGCAAGAAGCAAAGUAUUUCAUUGGAAAUAUAACUGUCACUGGAGCAACAAAUUUUAAUGAUGGUUUAAUGACUGGAAUUGAGAUAUUGAAUAAUGCCCAUGCUUUAAAAAUUGUACCUGAAAGAAGUGCCUCUCUGACAAUCAUGUUAUCAGAUGGAAAUGCCAAUGAAGGUGAAACAGAUCCACUUAAAAUUCGAGAAAAUGUAAAAAAUACAUCCCUAGGAGAAUACCCUUUAUACAGUCUUGGUUUUGGAUAUGGUGUUGACUAUGCAUUUUUGGAAAGAGUGUCAAAAGAGAACAAUGGUCUGGCUCGCCGUAUCUAUGAGGACUCUGAUGCAGCCUUACAGUUACAGGGUUUUUAUGAUGAAGUUGCCAAUCCUUUACUUACUGAGGUAACACUGGAAUACCCUGAAAAUGUCAUCUCUGACGUGACUGAAAAUAAUUUUAAACAUUAUUAUGAUGGCUCUGAGCUUGUUGUGGCUGGACGAAUUACAGACAAUGAUUUGAACAGUAUUACGGCAGAGGUGAAAGCUCAUGGAGCACUUAACGAUCUGACUUUCACUGAACAAGCAGAUGUUGAAGAAACCGCCAAAGUUUUUGAGGAGCAAAAGUACAUAUUUGGAGAGUAUAUUGAGAGACUCUGGGCUUAUCUCACAAUACAGCAACUUCUAGAGAAACGGUCUGUAGCAACAGGAUAUGAAAAGGGGAAUCUCACUGCUGAAGCCUUGGAGAUGUCUCUGAAAUAUAAGUUUGUGACUCCUUUGACAUCCAUGAUAGUCACAAAGCCAGAAGAUAAUGAAGAACCAGAGGUAGUUGCUGACAAACCCAUAGAAGAGGCUGGUUCUAAAAAUACAGUAUAUAAAAGAUGGCAGCAGUAUAUUGAUGUUCAUCUUUUUUUUUUUUUUGCAGUUGAUGGAGACCCACACUUCAUUAUUGCAGUGCCUCAAAAAGAAGAUGCCCUUUGUUUCAAUAUUAAUGAAGACCCAGGGGCGGUCCUAAGUUUAAUAAACGACCCAGUUACAGGUAUUGUAGUCAAUGGAGAGCUCAUUGGUGAGAAGAAAAGCAACAAUGAUGUAAGAGAACAGAAUACAUAUUUUGGAAAACUUGGGAUUGCAAAUAUCCACCGGCAUAUAAAAAUUGAGAUCUCCACCAAGGAAAUUAUUCUUCAUGAUGGUGUAAAACGGACAGCAUUCAGUUGGCUUGAUGAUGUUACCUUGCAAGAACCCAGUCUGACUCUAGUCAUCAAGCGAAAAAAGAGCAUGGAGGUUUCAAUGGACAACGGAGCAAAAUUUGUUGUUAUUUUGCAUCAAGUAUGGAAGAAACAUCCCCUGCACCGAGAUUUCCUAGGAUUUUACACACUGGAUAGUCACAGACUGUCUCAACAAACUCAUGGACUGCUAGGUCAAUUUUUCCGCCCCAUUGAUUUUGAUAUCCUUGAAGUCCAUCCUGGGUCUGAUCCAGAAAAACCAGAUGCCACAAUGGUUGUGAAAAAUAACCAGCUGAGUGUAACAAGGGGCUGGCAGAAGGAUUACACAGAAGAUACUCGCCAUGGCCUCAAUGUGCCUUGCUGGUUCAUUCAUAACAAUGGAGAAGGCCUUAUUGAUGGGGUGCACACAGACUAUAUUGUUCCCAGCAUAUUUGGAUGAAUAGUCUUUCUGAUUAUGAAAAUAUUUUUCCUAAGGCAAUAUGUUCAGAAUACCAGCUAUAACCUAGAAUGAUGUGUAUUAUAUGUUCCUGUCAGCGGCUGGAAUACUUUUAUGACCUGUCAUGAUGACUUCUUCCUUGUGGUAAACAGCUGUUUGCCUCAUUUUAUUGCAAAACAAUAAAUGUGUGCUCUGCUUGAAUUUAAUUUCAAAAA